AUGAGAAUUUCGCACAAUCGUCAAGGGUCAAAGUUAACCAUGACAUUUAUCACUGAUGAAUUAAAUCAAUUGCAAAACGAAAUCAUAUCAAAAAAUCCUGUUGAUAUAAUUCAGUUUUGUGCAAAUUAUUUCAAUGCCAAAUUAGAAUUGCAAAGAUCUUAUUUGUGGCAACAGCAAUCAAAGGCUAAAUCCGCAGGUAUUAAUUUAUUCCCCAAUAUUGAAAAUGUUAAUAUGUCCAGUCCAAUAGUUAAUAAUAGACAACCAAGUUUCAAGAGUCCUUUCAAUGACAGUGACCCACAUCAUCCCGUUUCAAAAUUUGAUGAUAAUGAUCCAACUUCAAUCCCAUCCAUCCCUCCAUCAUUUUCCAAAUCUAAUGAAUCUCCAGGUAUGAGUUCUGGUCCUUUCAAACUGUCAGUUAAAGAAGGUAUCAUAUUCAAAGAUAGUACUAAUGACCCUAAAGAUAUGGAGGUUGAUCACGACCCAAUGGAUCCAAAUGCUAUCGGUCCAAUUUCCGAAGAAGGUGAUCCAAUGACUACCACCACUAAACCAAAACCUUUAACUAACAGCAAAAUUCCUAUUAAUUUCAAUGUAAACAGAAGAAUUUCCGUUUCUGCUGAAGCAUUAAAUCCAGAUAAUUUUAAGUCUGAUGAUUGGAAACCCCCAACUAAUGAUUUAACUCCUAGUCAAAGAAAUGAAUUAUUUAAGAGUUUAUCAUCAAAUUUCUUAUUCCAGAAAUUAGAUAUUAGUUCUCAAAAAACCGUUGUUUCAGCAUUAACUAAGAAAAGUUAUAAGAAAGGUGAUGAGAUAAUCAAACAGGGUGAAGAAGGUGAUUAUUUCUAUAUCAUUGAAAAUGGUUCAGUUGAGUUUUAUGUUGAUAAUAUUGAAAGAGGCAGUGCCAGUGAAGGUUCAUCAUUCGGUGAAUUAGCUUUGAUGCAUAAUUCUCCAAGAGCUGCAACAGUGUUAGCAGCUUCAGAAGUUGUGAAUUGUUGGGCAUUAGAUAGAUUAACUUUCAGAAGAAUCUUAUUAGAAGGUACUUUCAAUAAGAGAAUCAUGUAUGAAAAUUUCUUGAAAGAAGUCAAAAUCUUAAAGAACUUGAACAAUCAAGAAAUCAGUAAAUUGGCUGAUGCUUUGACCACCGAAAUCUAUCAUGCUAAUGACAAAAUUGUUGUAGAAGGUGAAAAGGGGGAAAAUUUCUAUUUCAUCGAAUCAGGUAAUUGUGAAGUUAUUAAGAAUGGUGAUGUCGUCAAUAAAUUAACUAAAGGUGAUUAUUUUGGUGAAAUCGCUUUAUUAAAUGACUUACCAAGACAAGCUACAGUAAUGGCUCAAGAUAACGUUAUUGUUGCAACUUUAGACAAGUCAGGAUUCCAAAGAUUAUUAGGUCCUGCUGUCGACAUCUUAAAAAGUAAUGAACCUGAACAUCAAUAG